AUGAUACCGCAUCCUUCCGUCGGCGUCCAAAACUGGGCACAGCAUUCUCGCGCCCCCAGUGCUGCGAGGCCUGGGGAUCUCGCUGGAUCUCGCUUGGACAAGCCGCUGUCGUCGUCAAUGGCCACCCCAUCUCUUCCUCUAGCCCAACAACAGUCAAUUGUCGAUUUGACCGCAAACGAGCCUUCUGCGCUUCAAGACACCGAUGCCCCGAACAAAAGGCCCAAGUUAGAUACCAGUGUUUCUGGCCUUGGAGGUGAUGGCCGCGCAACUACUACGAGAAGCGCGGAGGUUCGGAGCGCUACAGCGAAUGGUGGUGGUAUCGCACGACCGACUGCAGUCAGCGGCCGCGGCCGCCCGGCGUCUUCUUUCCAGGACCUGGUGACUGAAACAUACGGUGGAAGCGUCUUUACGGGGAAUUCUGCAUCGGGGUCGCAUACUCCCAAACCUCCGUCUCCUCCCCCGUUUCCAGUUCGACCGUGGAAAUACUCUUCUUUAUAUCAACCGACAAGCACCAGCCAUGCGGCGCAAGAGGAUAUACAGGGCCGAGAAGUUAAAACCACUCCGUAUCGUCCGGAGGUUCCAGCCGUGGCUCCAGCCCUAACUGGAGAUAAAGUCGCUGAUUAUUUUCCUUGGAGCCACCUCGGAAACCACCCGGAAGACAGGCUGAUUGAUACCGCUGUCAAACAAGGAUAUUACGAUAAACAGCCACCUUCGAACUGUGACGUACAGGCGCCGACUUGUAAAUUAUCGAGUCAACUAAAAAACCGUUCUAGCUUACAACUUUUGUCUUCUGUUUUUGCUGCUGCUUUAGAGAAAAGACAAGCUCAUAACAAGAUCUCGUCGACAUCCACUUUCAAACCGCCGCCUCGAGUCACGCUUACGGAUAACAAGAGGGAAAUUUGGUUAAAAGAUUUGGCUAGCCCGGAAGUCAAUUUGCGAAGACUGAGUCGGACGAUCCCUCAUGGUAUCCGAGGCAAGGUUCUCCUCGAUCAAUGCUUGAGCAAAGGCGUUCCUAUUACAAGAGCUAUUUGGCUUGCAAAAUGUGUUGGAGCAAACGAGAUUCGUGCUUUCAAGAGGAAAGGAACAAGCGGGUCGCUUUCCCAAGGCCUAGAAAUGAAAUGGGUUCGCGAGUGGACGGCCAGCGUACAGCAAUUUGUUGAAGGAGUGAUCAACACCUGUGGAAAGGAAGGCUGGCGUGACAGAAUCACUUAUGCGGUGAGACUGACCGCUCGUUUAUUCUUCGAAAAUCUCCUUGAGCAAGACUACUUUUUGGAUUGGUAUUUAUCGUCUCUUGAGAGUUCUACCUUGGACACCACUCCCGUCUGGCUUUUGAUGCUGGGCGUCUACUGGGAAAGCCUGGUAAGAUUUAGGAAACGGGGCAGAAGAAUGGCCGAAGCCUUGCUAGAGAAACUUCGACAAGCGACAAUCGCCGAACCGAGAUCAACAUUCCAGCCUUUGAUAGAUCGAGUGUCGUUGUUGGUGCGUCGACUCUGUCGGGAAACUUCUUCGUCUAUUGUUCUUCCUCGAUCAUGGGACCAAUAUCAAAAUAUUGUGUCUUCCACUCUUAACCCUGAAGACGUCACGGAAAAGGCCAUUCUACAAUCUAUUGUCUAUCGAAAUAUUCGUGUCCAAAAGCCUAAAACCUUCUGCCAAGCCAUACAGCGUUCUCCACACCAACUAGUUAUCAAGCUUUUAGACUCUUCGCUUACCACAUACGAUAUAGCGUUUUUAUCCAACGCGUGCUUAGAUGUUAUGGCAGACCGUGGGGCAUUAGUUUGCGAGAUCUUGGAAUGGGCAGGUAGUCGAUUCCGUCACGGUUUGGUUCGCGUGUACAUUGCCGUGCGCCUAUUACGAAAAUGGAAACGCCUAGGUAUUGAUAUCGACGCACAUAUCUUUUCGUUCAUUACAAAGACACGUGAUCGGGAUCCAGCUUCCAUGGCCAACAUCCAUCAUAUUAUCGCAGAACUGAUCCGAUCCCAAACCUUUUCUGUCAGUCGAUACCUACAAUGGCUGGUCGCGAGGGGCGCAGUUGAGCAAUAUCGUCAGGGCAGCCCGGAGAAAGUUUCCCCGUACACGGUUCCAAUUGAUAUUGGACUUUUGUCCCAUAUCCCUGCCAAUCGCCUACCACGUCAUUUACGUAACCUUCGAGAUAUGCUUAUGGCCCGUGCCGGACUGUCUCUCUCUGAAAAGGAGGAAUUGCGGGCUGUCAAGGCCGAUUUAAAGGAAAAACUGCCAGAUAUGUUUGAUAGUGAAGACAAUGAUGAGAGUGACAUGAUGCGUUGCGAAGUCGAUCAUGCCAAUCUAACUUGGUCGGUGAAAGCGGAGAUUGGCCAAUGGGUUCGAGGGGCUGUCUCCGAGCAUUAUGGCGAUAGUUCUAAUCACUCUACAAAGGGCUAUGAGAGCGCCGUGGAGGCCUCAUCAUUAACUCACGAUGAGUUCCUUGUUAUUCGCUGGACUCUUGAACAAUAUGGAGAUAUCGCAAUGCUUGCAGACGUCCUCAUCGACGCUUCGAAUUCUGACGACGCCCGCGUGCUUACCUCUGCCGUCGAUACUUUGAACUGUCAUUUUAGCUGCUUUACUGUCAUCGGUGCAGCAAACGACCUGUUUAGGAACUUUUAUGAGGCUUUUCUUCGAUUGAAACAGCAUGGACUAGCUCUUUAUGAUCUGGCGUUUUCGUUGGUUGAAGUUGGCCAUCGUCUUCCAAAUGAACAAAACUCGAUUAUCCUGCUUCGACAAGAACUCUCACGGGGUGAUCGGAAGAUGGCAAUAGCAGCCUACUCUCCUGUAUCGGACCACAUGGCAGAUACUUUGAAUGAUGCCAAUCCUUCAUUUAACGACGACAUGGAUCAGUUCCUGUCGUCUGGAAACAGCAUGGAUGAGAGCACAUUGGUUGUUGUAUUCCAGAAGUUGAUCCAACAACUAGUGGUGCCUAAUUACGGUAAAGGAGCUUCCACUACUGAUACAACUUGCCGUCAUCUAGUGCAACUGAGAUCGUUCAAUCCAAAACAAUUCGACCUUUUGCUAAUUCAAUGGAUUGGUGAUAUCCUCAGGUCUUCCAUACGGCCUAAACUGUCGCUCGUGCUCGCUCCACUAGUCGGUAUUGGAUGUGUAACUUUACCAGCGUUUACUUUGUUGAUGAAGAAACUAUUACACGAGUCCUCUCAGUUCAACAUACCAGCGUUACCCGAAUUACAGCUAGGUUUUCUUGAACUGAUUCUGCCGGAUACUAGCAAAAACCCCGUGCCUGAUUUCCUGUCAUACCGAUUUGCAUUAGCACAAGAGGAAUUCUUGUCAAAACAUCUGAAUGAAGUGUUUACCAUCAUUCAAGAUUCAGCUGCCAUUCUGACCCAGUCUCCGGCCAAGGAUUCUGCCUCCCUUCAAGAAUCAUGGGCAAGAUAUACCACCCCAUUGCUUCGGGAAAUUCUCGUACGGCAUCCCGGCGAUGGCACUCAUGAAUACGUUCGUGCUAUGUUAAAAGACUACCCAGCUACCCUCAGCAUCGUCCGCCGUGCUCUCGACGAGCUUCUCAACUUUGACCACCAGAAAGAGCACGAUGAUGUCUUGGAGGCUGAAACGACAAUCAAAGUGGCUGACGACUUCUCGUUGCCUUUCUGUCAAAUGAAGCUACAGAUGCUAUUCAACAUGGAAAAAGGCGAGGAGGUUCGGAAUAGCAUCGUGGACGUCAUGUUCAAGUCUGCCGUUGCUGACGUGCGCUCUGGGCAGACUCACUGGCUUGAUUUGGUCUCGCUUAUGAGUCAAGAGGCAGUGGAGCAGAUCCGACAAAGGGCUGAGAAUGAUUUGUUCUCAGUGGCACAGUUUGAGAGCGCAGUUGAUGGGAUGCCUGAUGUCGAAAGAACAGCUCUACAGGAUAAUGCCAAAGUGUACCUCGCUAUCAUUGACGGACUUGCUUAUAGCAUCCCAGAAGGAGGGGUGCCUUCUGUGGGCCCGCUCCUAGUUGAGAAGAUGAAUUCUCUCCUACAGAAACUCAUUACAAUCCAAACGGCGUCCCGUAAUAUCAGCGAGAAUCACAGCAAGGUGGGUCCAGAUAUUGUACAGUCUCUGGCUAUAUGCGAGGAGAGUUUCUUGUUCUGGUUUACCGCGAUGUUGCGAAUGGUCAAGAUCCACCGCGCUGCUUUUGAUAUGCCUGCUUCUCCGACGAUCCAACGACCACCGGCGCUUCUAGACCAGUCCCGACUCCUCGUUACAAUCUGCUGUCUUGCCUUGUCGCCACUCUGCCUAUCUUCUCGCCCUCUAGACUCAUCCAAAGCAUCCAUAUCUGCAGCCGAACAGCACAUGCGUAUCACCAAUACCAUCCAAACCUACGCCCUCGACAUCGCCUCCUCUCUCAUCGACACCCUACCCGACGAAGCCCGCGUACAAUGCGCCCGCUUCCUCCGAGAGCGUUGCCCUCCAUUCCUACACGUCCAAAACGAUCCCCGCCUAUUCUACCUCUUCGGCCCUAUCACCGAAUCCAUCCCUGCAGGCUCUACCCAACCGGUCUCUGGCUCCUCCCCAGCCCCGAUAUCCUCUCUCACCCCAUCCGCAAACCCAUCUGCGACAAACCACACCAGCACUCUCCUCGCUCCACCCGGAACCGCCGAAGACCCUAAUGCCCUCUCCAACCGCCUCCGCAUCCAAAGCCGCGGUCGCAUUAUCGGCCCGUACCCUCUUCGACCAUGGGAAAUGCUCGAAGAAGCCGCUCCCGUCGUCGGCGCAAACGAUACCGCGAUUGAUCUGAACUUCUUCGGUGCGCGCAAAGUCAGGCAAUAUUAA